AUGCGUUUUCUUAACGUGGCGCUUUUGACGGCCCUAUCGCCCCUGGCGAGCGCGAGUUUACAAGUUGUACCUGGGGGCACAUGGACUACAUCUAAUGGCGAACACAUGCAAGCCCACGGCGCCGGCGUCAUCAAAGUAGGCGAUCUGUACUACCUAAUCGGCGAGGACAAGACCAGCGGCAGCGCCUUCCAAAACGUAAACUGCUACUCCUCGCCGGACCUAGUCCAAUGGACCUACGUCGGCGCGCUCCUCUCGCGGACCAGCUCCGGGGACCUGGGUCCCAACCGAGUCGUCGAGCGGCCAAAAGUGCUGUACAACGCGUCGACGAAGAAAUACGUCCUGUACAUGCACAUCGACAGCUCCUCGUACGGCGAAGCAAAAGUAGGCGUCGCGACCGGCGACACGGUGUGCGGGAAAUACACCUACAUCAACUCCUUCCAACCGCUCGGCUUCCAAUCGCGGGACAUGGGGUUAUUCCAAGACACCGACGGCGCGGGGUACUUGCUAACCGAAGACCGCCAAAACGGGCUGCGCAUUGAGCGGCUAUCUGCGGACUACCUGUCCGUAGAAUCAAACACGUACCUCUGGAAAGACAGGAUCGAGGCCCCGGCAGUGCUUAAACACGACGGCGUGUACUUCAUGUUCGGGUCGAAACUAACAGGCUGGGAUCCGAAUGACAACGUCUACAGCACGUCGACCUCGCUGAGCUCGGGGUGGUCCGCGUGGAAGACGUUUGCGGACGCGGGGAGCAAGACAUACACCUCGCAGACGAACUACGUACUCCCGAUCGGCACAAACGCCGCCGUGUAUCUCGGCGACCGCUGGGUAAGCAGUAACCUCAUGGCAUCGACAUACGUGUGGCUACCCCUGAGCAUCUCCGGAACCACCGUGACAAUGGCGAACGCCGAAUCCUGGGUUCCGGACAUAAACACGACGUCGUCGUCGGCAUCGACGGCAAAGCCGGCAGAAAGCGCGUAUGAAGGGGAAGCCGCGACGUACGGCGGUGCGACGCGUGACGUGAGCUGCGGGUCGUGCUCGGCUGGCAAAGCGGCGGGGUACGUGGGGGGUCCGGACGGGGGCACGGUGACGUUUUCCGGGGUAAAGAGCGAUGCGGCAGCGCGGACGACGGUGCGAGUGCGGUACGUGAAUGGGGACAGUUCGCCGCGGUACGCAAACGUGCGCGUGAACGGGGGUACGGCGCAGAAGCUGGCAUUUUUGCCUACGGGAAGCAGCGUGUCGAGUAGCACGUUGAAUGUGGAUUUGAAGGCUGGGAGCAAUAACGAGAUUGUGUUUGAGGCUGUCGGGACGGGUUGGGGGCCUGAUAUUGAUAGGCUGCUGGUGCCCGUUUCGUGA